AUGUAUUUCUCCUUUAUUACAGCUGAGUUUUUCUUGGAAUUUGUGGAGAAGCCCAAGGCUAAAGAGGAGAAUGACAAUAUGCCAAGUCAAAUAGCAAGUCUGGUGGAGAAAAUGCUUAAGGAACAGGUUCAUCUUAAGGAGAUAGGAAAAGAACGGAUUAAUCGUGAUAGCGGAGAAGGAGUCUUACUAAGUAUAUGGGACUUUGCCGGACAAGACAUAUACUACACAACCCAUCAGGUGUUUCUGACGUGGCGAGCCAUUUAUGUGAUUGUCUUUGAUCUCAGUAGAAGUUUGGAUUCUGUCGUUCCCCCUGAAUCGAGAGACGAGUAUUAUGAAAUGGCUAAAGGAGGUGCGAAAUCAGAUCUGACAUGUCUAGAGUUCAUCAAUUUCUGGUUGUGUUCCAUCUUCGCCCAUGCUGUGGCGCCCUCUUCAGUCCUCAACAAGAAUAUGUCUAAAACCGCCCAGAAAUCUCCACCAAUAUUCAUCGUUGGAACGCACCGAGAAAGUGUGAAAGGAGAUGCAAAAGAGAAAAAGGAAAAGAUUCGCUCUGCCUUUGAGAAGAUCCGUAAUUCUAUCAAGAAGAAACCGUUUGAAUGCCAUGUGGUCCCUAAGUAUUAUGCCAUUGAAAAUACAUUAGUAGACACAGAUGAAGACGUAGGCACAGAUGCAGAGCUGGUCGCGUUGAGGAGACAAAUUGAGAAAGUGGCGAUGGAAGAGCCUUACAUGGGAGAAGAGAUUCCACUGAGAUGGCUUUUAUUUGAGGAAGCUCUAGCUGCAGAUAAUAUCAAUUACAUGACAUUAGAUCAGGCCAAGGAACUGACGCAGCCCUUCGGGAUGAAAUCGGAGGGUGAACUUCUCACGAUGCUGACCUUCUACCACGACCUGGGUUACGUAGUCUACUACGGAGGCAUUGAAGACCAGCAGUCUCUCCUACGAGACAUGGUGAUCCUGAAUCCUCAGUGGCUAAUUGAUGUCUUCAAGCAGGUCAUAACUAUCCUGGAUCCUGCAGAAAGGGACGGGAUUAUGAGUGAUGCCUGGACCACUCUUGAGGAGGAUGGUAUCUUAGAGGAUAGGUUGAUUCAGCAUAUGUGGCAAGGCUUUUUGGAGCAGAAGGAGGCCUUAGUCAAGCUCAUGACCAAGUUUGAUCUCAUCUGUGAGGCUCCUGUAGAACGACUCCAGCAAGGGCAACAGGAUGGAGUAGACACUGAGGUAUCAAAUGCAACAGGGAAAGUGGUAAAGAAGCGCUACUACGUUCCUUCUAGGCUGACGUCCCAUUGCUCCCCAGAAGAGAUUGCACAGAUCACAUCUUCUACAGACUUUUAUGUGGACUUCAGGGGCUUCUUAACAGAUGGGCUAUUUCAUCGGUUGAUGACGAGAGCAGUCAGAUGGAUGGGUGAAAGAGAUGGAGAACCAGUCAAUCUUUACCAUCGUCAUAUCAGUCUAAUGGUUGAUGGAGUGCAUCAUGCCUUACUAGAGAUGUUACCUCCUCGUGAAGCAACUAUUAAGGUCACUGUAUUCCGAGGAGCGGUUGCUGAUUCUGAUCAUGAUGGGGAUAGUAAUACACCUCCAGCUCCAAGUGCUGUCAAAGAGGUGAUGGACUUUGUAACGGAGACCCUUGAUAGCCUUAUUCAGCACUGGGCUAGAAGGAUCGAGUAUGAUGUCCGGUUUACGUGCCCGAGACCCAAGUGCAGUAAGAAGAAACUGCUGAAAGACUGCUACAAGGGAAUGUCCCUCAAGUGUGGACUACAUAACAUCCCUACGGCUGCAAUCAAAAUCAAGUUUGGAAUAAGCGAGGCAUCACUAGGAAACACAAAUUCCACACUUCCAAGACCGUUGGCAUCCACAGUAGUCGACAUAUGCAUUCCUCCUGAAGGUGCAUCAGCAACAGUCGGUGAAGUUUCUCCUUCUACAGCAAGGAAAGUGAGCGACGCAAUGCUAAAUGAGUUGGCAAAACGAAUUCCACACGGCAAAUACGACACGUUUAGCGAAAAGCUAGGAAUCGAGCACAACCAGGCCAGGACCAUUGUGGUAAAGUAUGGCAACGACUAUGAGAUGGCAACAAGGGAAUGCAUGGCGAUAUGGAAGGAUAGAUCAACCCGUGGUGUGGCUGACUUACAUCAAGUUCUGAGAGAAGCGAAAUUGGGCGGUUUAAUUGUUUACUGUAAUUAACAUCAAUACAAAGUGAGCCAUGUUGGGAUAAAACACACACAAACACAUACACUGGGCAUAUAUUUAUGAGAAAAUUAUGUUCUGCGACGGAGGAGAUGGCCAAACGACUAACUACAAUAAAUAUCUAUCAUUACUAAAUAUUUUUUUUUAUCCUUUUUUCUAUAAAAGGACCGCUUUCUUGGACGCCCCCACCGAUUUGGGGGUGACCACUACUAAUUAAAAAGACCUGUGAAGUAGUGGCAAGCAAACCCCCUUUUCCUGAUAUGUUAAAUAAUUUGUCGCCCAUCAGGCUUCUUCAGGCUAUUGAUAAUGAUAUGAAGAGUUUAAUUCCAAACGGAACUAAAUCCAGUUAUGUAACUUCAGAGAAAAAGGGAAUUGUUUAUCAAACGUUGUACAGGCAUCUAUGGAAAAGUGAUUGGGCUGCAGCGAGGUUGAUAACUCAUAAACAAGUCUGAAAAAAGGCUUCUACGGGAAUUCGUAGCUUUAAUGAUUUGAGUGAGAAUUUCAUUCCAUAUUUCAUUCCGUAAAAACUGUGGAUAAAACACAGAUAAGGAAUCAUAAAUUCAAGUAUAUCAAAGCAUCAUCAAAUUCACUACAGUCUCUUGGAGAAACUCAUAAAUGUACAUUGUGAUCUUCAUAAUUUCUCAUCAGAUGGAAAUUUAACAAGACUAAAUUGGAAUACACUUGACAAUAAUAGAACAAAGAAUGUAGCAAUUAUGAUGUAUAAGAUUGUCUCAAAACAAGCUCCUGAGUAUUUAGUAGAAAUGUUUAUAUUUGCUGACCAUACAUACACUACACGUUCAAGUCUGUAUAAUGUGAAAACAAUAAGACCAAAUACUGAGACUAUGAAAAGAUCUUUUAAAUAUAGAGGGGCCUUAACAUGGAAUAACUUGCCACAUGAUGUGCAAGGUGCUAAAUCGUUAAAUAUUGUUAAGGCAAAGCUGACGUAAUACGAAAUAAGUGUGUGGGAAGGGGCUAACUUAUUAUUUUCGGAGAGCUUUGUUGUUGCUUGUUUUUAAGGUUUUAUAGUUUUAUACAUAUCUUCAUAAUUUCAACCUAUUUAUCAUUCUUAUUUAUGUUAUAUUACUCCUACGCAAUAUGUUUUAAAUGUCUAAUCGUGUGCAAUAUGAUCUUUGCAAUACGAUAUCAGUUUUUGUCUCUUUAAAAACAAAAACAAGUAUAUAUGUAGUAUCUAACUGAUCCAUAUUCAAAAUGCUCUUAAGUAUUUAUUAUUAUUCCAUACUUCAUUUUACUUCUACUUAAUAUGGAAUACGCAUUUGUCUUAAUUUCAUAAUUAUUACACAUUCUACAUUAUGUGUGUUUUCUUUUGUUUAUUGUUUU